CAAAAAAAAAAAAAAAGAACAGGAAAGAUUUGAGAAUAAAAACAAUGGAAGGAGUAGGAGGAUCAGGAGGAAGAAGAGUAGUCAAUAAUUACGAUCUACACCAAGUAACAUCGUCGACGACGACGAUUCAUCAAGAGAAUAUGAACUUCCUCAUCCCUUUUGAAGAAACCAAUGUGUUAACCUUUUUCUCUUCUUCUUCCUCCUCUUCUCUCUCUUCUCCUUCUUUCCCCAUUCACAACCCUUCCUCUAGUACUACUUCUCAUCAUGCACCUCUAGGGUUUUCUAAUCAUCUUCAUCAGGGUGGAGGACCCUUGGGACCAAAGGUGGUUAAUGAUGAUCAGGAGAAUUUUAGAGGAGGAACUAACAACGAUGCUCAUUCUAAUUCUUGGUGGAGAUCAAGUAGUGGGAGUAUAGAUAUGAAGAACAAAGUGAAGAUAAGGAGGAAACUAAGAGAGCCAAGAUUCUGUUUCCAAACGAAAAGCGACGUUGAUGUUCUCGACGAUGGCUACAAAUGGCGUAAAUAUGGUCAGAAAGUCGUCAAGAACAGCCUUCACCCUAGGAGUUAUUACAGAUGCACACACAACAACUGUAGGGUGAAGAAGAGAGUGGAGCGACUGUCGGAAGAUUGUAGAAUGGUGAUUACUACAUACGAAGGUCGCCACAACCACAUUCCCUCUGAUGACUCCACUUCUCCUGACCAUGAUUGUAUCUCUUCUUUUUAACCUCUCUCUCUACAAAUAAAUAUGUUAUUUAUAUAUAGACAGAGCUAUAUACAUAUAUAUUUGCACAUACAGAUGUGUGAUAUAUUUGCCUAGCUGAUAUUGCAUGUGUUUCUUUCAUGAGUAUGUCCACAGAUAUUAUUUUUUUGAUAAAAUAUGUCCACAUAU